AAAACAGAACAAAAAGGAAGUCAGGCUGCUAGCCUGCAGAGGGCCAUGUUGGCGUGGUUACCGUGGUAACCGGGAAAGUGCCUCCACUGAAACCAAUUGGAAGGCAGCCGCCGGUCAUAGGCAGCCCCCCCACCCCACCCAGCAGGAUAAAUCUUUGAUCUGUUUCGCUCUGCAAAGCCAUAAGCCAUGGUGAAGGACAAGAAAAAGAAGGAUAAAAAGGACAAGAAGGAGAAGAAGAAGAAGAAGAAAAGCACAUCACAGCUGGAACCUCAAACUUAUUUUCCCGAAGCUCUGCUGGCAUAUCAAAUACAGAUAAAGGAAGAGAUCAUCGAUGAGCUUCUGUUUGAAAUAAAGCAACUGGAAGAAAAGAAUGACAGAUACAACGAAAGGAAUCAGCACCUAAAGGAAGAACAGAUUGGGCACAUCCGGGCACUCCUUAUUAACUUGAAAGAACAGGAAAAAGAAUUAGAGAAAGUUGAGGUUGUUACCAGAGAUGAUGUAGAGAAAGCAAUGAAGGACAAGUGGCAGUAUGUUAAGGACCAGGAAAAGCUUAUUAAAGACAUGCGCCUCCAAAUACAUGCGUUUGAACAAAAGCUUCUGCAGAAACAAGCUGAGAUAGAUUACUGGCUGGAAUACAAAAACAAAGGGUGUGCUGAACAUGCCAAGCAGAUCCAGGUCCUGGAACAGGACAUCAAGAAACUGAAAGAAGAUCUUGAGGAAAUGACAGAAUAUUUUAGAAUUGCUCUGGAAGAAACAAAGGAAAAAAUUGACAAAUACACUCUGAAACAAAUGGAGCUGAAGAAGGAAUGGGCCACUGAGAAUGCUGUGAAGCACAUUGACCCAAUAAGCUGUAGGGAGAUUAAAGAAAAUGAGUGGCUAAAAGAAGAGGUUGCUGCUUACCGGAGGGAAGUGAACGAAAUGGAAGAUACUGCCCAUUCAUUAGAGAAGGAAAAUAUCUAUCUCAUCAGCAAACUCUUUGACCGUAGACUACAGCAUCUUAAAAUACCCAGAAAAUUAUUUCUUACUCAGGGAGCUGGCCUGCAGAUGUCUGAGGAAGAUAUGGACAAUAUAGGAUUUGGAGAUGAUACUUUUGAUGAGUUCUCCGCCUCUCAAGUCGUCCUUUCCCGGGCAAGGAGAAGAGACCGGAGGAUGCCCAAGGAUACAACAGCAGAGAGAGAGGCAAAGAGGAAAGAAGAUGAAGACAGCUUUGAACUGAUUUAUCUGCAUGGAGAGUCAAGCGUGCAAUUUCUACCUCCCAUCCUAUAUGAAGAUGCAGAUGAUUUCAAGGAGUACAAGCAGCUGGGUGAUUUGGAGGUGAAGCUCAUGAGCAUAGUGGGCCAAUCCAUGCCAAUCCAUCAAGAUAUUCAAGAAAUGCCAAGCAAAACCCAGAUUGAAGAGAGAUACGAUACCAGGCCAAACCACCACAUCACCUAUCGGAUGAUCAAAUCUGUAUUUCCUUGAAAGAGAGGGAAGAAAAGGUAGACUUUUUAAAAAAAAGACUUAAGUUGUUGAGGCUCAUUUUUGUGUGCAAUGUUGGUAGAUCACAUGAUUUAGAUCAUUUGUAGAUCACAUAAUAUAGAUAUUAAAACAAUUUAAGUUUGAUGCGUUACCACAAAUGCCUCCAUAGCAUAUACUGUUUUCACACAAUUCACAUGUCCGUAUGCAGGAUCUGAGUCACUAUUUCUGCCAGUUUGAUCUGCACGUUUCCUUCAUUAGAGUACUUUUGGAUUC